CCUCUUUUCGGGUUCGUACCGUUUGGUUCAUAGAGCAGUCUGGUACCUGAUGAGGGAUACUCGCUGACAUAUAUUUAAAUAUUACGACAUUACAAAAAGAAAGUCCGCUACUUUGCUGCGUAGAUACAGCAUGUAAGUCGACAUAGUACUUAAACUAAAACGGUUCAUUCAUUCAUUAAUAGUUUGGCUGUCGACAGGCCAAUACUAGUCAUGAUUAUGUUUUGAUAUGUAGCGUUAAUAUAACGACUUUAAUAAACGCUGUAAAACGCUAGGAUGGUAAAUACUCGCUUUGAACGUCAAAACCCUGCCCUAAAAGUGUAAAAGUAUAGAGUAAGAAGUCCAGCACUCGGUAACGUUAUCUAGCAUCGGUCAUGUCGGAGUCGGGUCACAGUCAGCCCGGGAUGUACGGACAGGGAAGGAGGAGGAGGCGACGGAGAGACCGAGACCCAGGACCACCGGCUCAAAACCUCUCCGGACCCAGUCGAGAUCGAGACUAUGUUCCCCGUGAGCGCAGGGAUGGCAGCGAGGAACCCACAGGACCUCUUCUACAGAAGACUCCCAUUAUUCUUGCCAAACCUCCUGGAGAGCGAUCCAAACCAAGCGUUCCAGCGAGUGGAGCCCCAUCUUUGGAAAAGCCGAUCAUGCUCAUUAAAACCAGAGAUGAAGGGGGGAAACCUGGGAACCCUCCUGAUGUGGCUCCUUCGGUCUCGGGUGCAGGAACUGCCAAACUGGAGAGAGAAGGCCAGCGGCCGACCCAACCGGUGUAUCAGAUCCAGAACAGAGGCAUGGGCUCGGCUGCAUCCGGUGGAGCAGUGGAUCCUGUGAUUGGCCAGACUAAGCUCCUCCCCCCUGAGAAGAUGAAGCACAGCAUCAAGCUGGUGGAUGACCAGAUGAAUUGGUGUGACAGCGCUAUGGAGUAUCUGCGAGACCAGACGGAUAUGUUAGUAGUGGGAGUUAUUGGGCUGCAAGGCACAGGCAAGUCCACGAUCAUGUCUCUCCUGUCUGCAAACAGUCCUGAGGAAGACCAGAGGGCAUAUGUGUUCAGAGCUCAGACACAGGAGAUCAAGGAGAGAGCUGGGAACCAGAGCAGUGGAAUCGAUUUCUACAUCACUCAGGAGAGGGUCAUCUUUCUGGACACGCAGCCAAUUUUAAGCCCAUCUAUUUUGGAUCAUCUCAUUAAUAAUGAUCGCAAACUUCCGCCGGAAUACAAUCUCCCACAUACGUAUGUGGAGAUGCAGUCUCUGCAGAUCACUGCCUUUCUCUUCACCGUAUGCCAUGUUGUGAUUGUGAUUCAGGACUGGUUCUCUGAUAUCAACUUAUAUAGGUUUCUGCAGACUGCUGAGAUGCUGAAACCCUCGACUCCAUCGGCCAGUCACGACAGCACCGGCUCCUCGGGGGCAGAUGAUGGCUCUGAGUAUUAUCCUCACAUAGUUUUUUUGCAGAACAAAGCAAGGAGGGAGGAGUUCUGUCCACGAAACCUGAAGAAGAUGCAUAUGGCUGUUGACAAGCUUAUGGCCCAUUCCCACCUAAAAUAUAAAGGCACCUUAUCCAUGCUGGAUUGUAACAUAUUCCCAGGAUUUAAUCGAGAUUACCUGGAGACAGAAGUCAAUCUUUUCCUCUUACCUAUGAUGGAGAAUGAUGGGGAAGAUGCUCUGACAAGAGCAGGUUCAGGUCCCCCUCUUUUCUCUCUGCUGCCUGGUUACAGAGGUCAUCCCAGCUUUUCUUCACUGGUUUCUAAAUUCCGAAGUCAGAUCCUGGCUAUGUCCCGCAGUCAGCUCUCUCACACAAUCCUCACUGAGAAAAACUGGUUUCAUUAUGCAGCUAGAAUUUGGGAUGGUGUUAAGAAGUCAUCUGCGCUCUCUGAAUAUAGCCGACUGUUGUCAUAGAAAAGAUGUUCUCACAGGACGUGUGGGUUCGUUGUUAAAGAGGACUGGGCUCCCGCUCAGAUGAUUUCUGACAAAAGGCAGUUCCCAAAGAGAAGAUUGGGCCACAGGAAUGCAGUAGCACUGAGUGAGGUUUAACCAUCUUCUUCUGAGGUCUGGUUUACAGCAGCGGAGUGCUUCGUGGUUUGGGAGUUGUGCAUGAGCAGGUGGUGCCUGCUAGGGUCCAUCCAGUCAUGUGUUAAACUCAUUGUUAUUACAAAGGAUAAAAUGCAAACAUUCGGUGAUGUAAACAUUUUCUUUCUACAGCAAAAAUGUGCAGAAGUCUUUAAUUUUCAUAUUUUAUUCGGCUUAUGUAAAUAAAAUGGGUUUGAACAAAAACUUUGUAACCUAGAGGCAGUUACACAAAGUGUUUAAUGAAAUUCAAGAAUAAUAAAAACAUGUCCCAUCUUUA